UUUUUAGUUGCCAUUACUUGGACAAAUGCUCCUGAAAAUCAAAAUCCAAUUUUGGGCGAAGAUUAUGUGGUGAGAUGUGAAGUAAAGGCCGAUCCUAAUCCUACAAUUGAUUGGUUGAGAAAUGGUGAUCAGAUCCGUACCGGCGACAAAUACGUUGUACAAACCCAUGGUCUGCUCAUACGUAAUGUCCAAGAAUCCGACGAUGGCAUUUAUACUUGCCGUGCUGCUGUCAUUGAGACUGGUGAACUACUCGAACGUACCAUACGCGUUGAAGUCUACAGCCGUCCUGAGAUCACAUUCUUACCGAAUACAUUGGAAGCGGUAGAGGGUAAACCAUUUGCAGCCAAUUGCACAGCUACCGGCAAACCAGUACCAGAAAUUUCCUGGAUUAAAGAUGCUACCCAACAAAAUGUGGCCAGUGCAGAUCGUUUCCAAGUGAAUCCCCUAACAGGAUUGUUAAAUAUUAAUUCGGUGACACAGGACGAUUAUGGCAUGUAUACAUGUAUAGCGAAAAACGAUGCUGGAGUUGUAGAUAAGAAGACUAAAUUGAAUGUUUUAAUAAGACCAUCUGUCUAUGAAUUGUACAAUGUGACCGGUAUUAGUGAGAAAGAAGUGGCGAUAACAUGUCGUGCCAAGGGUCGUCCUGCACCCGAAAUUACCUUCAGACGUUGGGGCAGCGAGGAUGAGUAUGCACCGGGCGUACAGGUCGAUGAUGAUCGUAUUGUUUUGGAACAACAUUUUGAUGAGGAAAAAGGUGAAAGUUCUGGUACUUUGCGUAUUGCUCGUGCUAUGCGUACCGAUGAUGGUUUGUAUCAGUGUUUGGCUCGCAACAAGGGUGAAACGGCCUAUAAGACAGGACAUAUUACCGUCGAGUUUCCUCCCGAUUUUUCGCAUAUGAAAACUUUACCACCCGUAUUCAGUUGGGAUGAGCGUAAGGCUAAUUUGAGUUGUCUGGCUAUGGGUAUACCAAAUGCUACUAUUGAAUGGAGAUGGAAUGGCAAACCUAUUAAGGAUUCUUUCGAUAAAAACUUAGUGAUUGAGGGUACAGGACCACGUAGUAAUUUGAUUGUACAUCCCGUGGCACGUCAAUAUUAUUCGGUUUAUAAGUGUAUUGCCACCAAUAUUCAUGGCACUGCCGAGCAUGAUAUGCAAUUGAAGGAGGCUAGAGUACCCGAAGCUGUAGAGGCUGCUAUACCCAAACAAUUAACAGCUACUAGUAUUACUUUUGAUAUACGAGGACCACCCACAGAAUUAGGUUUACCCAUAACAGCAUUCACGGUGCAAUACAAAGAAGCCAUUAAUCCGGAUUGGUCAACGGCCCAGAAUCGCAGCUGGUCUCCCGAUUCGCCCUAUAUUGUUGAAGGUUUGAAACCCCAGACCAUGUAUCAUUUCCGUUUUGCCGCACGCAAUCAAGUUGGCUUAAGCAUUUGGGGUGUAAAUACCCAACAAUCGACCCCUAAGAGAUCAGCACCCGAAGAACCCAAACCUUUACAUGCACCCGAACAAAAUGAUUUCGAAGAACCUGUGGUCGUCUCACCCUAUUCCGAUCACUUUGAAUUAAGAUGGAGUGUACCUGCUGAUAAUGGUGAACCCAUUGACUUCUAUCAAGUUAAAUAUUGUCCGGGCGUCAAAAUGGCCGGUGCCUGGCAUGAACUGGAAAACCAAUGUCAAUCGGCCGAUGUUAUUGAAAGUACUUCCUAUGAAAUGACACGCUUAAGUGGCAACACCUAUUAUCGCAUAGAAUUGCGUGCCCACAACAUUAUAGGCUUCUCAUCGCCUGCCUCCAUUAUAAUGAAAACAACACGAGGUGAGUCCGAUUCUGCUAAUAAUAAUUUGGGAACCUUAUUAUAUACGGCCGGUCUUAAUUCGGCUUCAGCCGCCCCAUCAAAUCAUAAAAACUUCAUAACAUUAUUUACACGUUCAACAACAACUACCACUACUACAGCGGCUAUCAACACCUUUACAACAACAUCUACAGUCAUGGCUAUUGCUACCACAACAUGCAUAACAUUAUUAAGCAUUUUAGCCUCAAUGACAGCUUAAAGUUUUGUAAAAAAAAAUGAAAAUCAUAAACAAAAUUUUUAUAAUUUUCUAAAAAAUCUCAAAAUCCCUUAAAGACAAUUUUUUUUAAUUCUAUGGAUUGGUAAUAAUUUCA